AUGGUCGUGGAACUCCUUGACUCCAAAACCCGCCGAGAAUGGGAGAGCUCGCUCGGGAAAACCGUCGUGCCACCGUCUUACGAGGAGCUUCGCGACUUCCUGCAGGAGCAGCUGAUGACGCAGGAGGUGCUCCGGGUAGCCAGGGGCGAGGCAUCCUCGGGAAAGCCUGGUGAGAAGACGAGCCGUUCAAUUCGGGCCAACCACGUCAAGGCUCAGGAGACGGACGCCGGCCGCAGCUGCCCACUCUGUAAGAAAGAGCAUUUCUUAGCCUUCUGCGAACAGUACAAGCGAAAGACAGCCCAGGAGCGACGAGAGGUAGCCACUACGCAUCAGCGCUGCUUGAACUGUCUGGGUCGACAUCUGAUCGGUGAGUGCACGUCCACCAAGACUUGCUAUAAGUGUUCGGGUCGGCAUCACACGUCGCUUCAUGACGCAUUUUCGGCCGUCGCGUUGCCCGCUCCCGGUACGAGCUUGACCCCGACGGUGCACGUUGCAAAACGAUUGUCCGCGGAGUGCGCCCCCGUCUUACUCGCGACCGCGCGCGUUCUGGUGAUGAACUGUCACGGCGAGUACCACCCCGUGCGUGCCUUGGUGGACCCGGGCUCCGAAACGUCGCUGAUCUCGGAAUCGUUAGCUCAACGUCUGCGAUUGCCGCGCACUCCGACGUCUGUCGCGAUCUACGGUGUGGGUGGCCUCCGGACGGGCUGCGCGCGAGGACGAGUUGCCGUCACCUUCGCGUCGCGUGUCGGACAAUACACUCUCACCGUCUCGUCCUUAGUGCUGCCGAAGCUGUCCGUGUACAGCGGGGCGGCCGAGAGCGGCAGCGGGUCGUGGCCGCAUGUGGACGGACUCACUCUCGCCGAUCCCGAGUUCCGUGCUCGGGACCCCGUCGAGCUUCUCCUUGGUGCGGAAGCAUACGCCAGCAUCAUAUUAGAGGACCUCCGUCGCGGGGGGCCCUUGGAGCCAAUCGCACAACGCACACAGCUCGGGUGGAUUCUCAUGGGCGCGGUCGGAGGCUGUCACGCGGCGUUAGCCGUUUCGUCGCUCCAAUGCUCUGCCACUGAUGAGCUGACGGAGGUGGUUCGGCGGUUCUGGGAAUGUGAGGAGCCGCCUCGCGCUCCCUUGCCGCUCACCCCCGACGAGCAGGAGUGCGAAGACUUCUUCGCGCGGACGUGCGAGCGCCUUCCUUGCGGCCGUUAUCAGGUGCGUCUGCCGGUCCGGUCGGAGCUGCCUGACUUGUCGUCCACGCGCCGCGCUGCGUCUCGAAUGCUCGAGGUCAUGGAGCGUCGAUUCGAGCGCGAUCCUGCCUUCCGUGUGAUGUACCACGACUUCAUGGACGAAUAUCUCGCUCUCGGGCAUAUGACGCCGUCGGCAGUCGAGCGGGGCGUCAACGCCUGCUUCCUGCCGCAUCACGGCGUCCUGAAAGGCUCGGGGCCCGACGUGAAGAUCCGCGUGGUAUUCAAUGGAUCCGCGCGCACCGCGGCAGGGCAUUCAUUGAACGACUUCCUCCACGCGGGGCCCAAUUUGCUGCCGGCUCUCGCGGAUGUUCUUACGCGUUGGCGGCGGCACCGAUACGUCUUCACUGCCGACAUCGUUAAGAUGAACCGGCAAAUUCAGGUGCACCCGGCGGACAGGCACCUGCAGAUGAUCCUGUGGAAACAAUUGGAGCACGCAUUAAAUACCGUCACGUACGGGCAAAAGGAUGCACCCUACCUUGCAUUGAAGACGAUGGACCGACUGGCGGAGGAUGAGCGGAGCCGGUUUCCUCUGGGCGCCGAGGCGGUGCAGAAUGAUCGAUACGUGGACGAUGUGCUCUCCGGGGCUUCCACUCUCGACAAGUGUCGUCGUCUCCAAGAACAGGUAGCUUCGUUGUGCUUGGCGGGCGGCUUCCCGCUCAGGAAAUGGGCUGCAAACAACAAGGCCCUCCUGGAAGACGUUCCCCUCGAGCAUCGUCUGCGGCCAACGGCCUGCGCCUCGCUCCCCUCGGACGACUGCUCCGUGCUGGGCCUACGCUGGAGCCCUGGGAGUGAUGACUUCGCGCUCACAGUCCUAAAAUCUGACGUGGUCUCCCCCACGAAGCGAUCGGUGCUUUCUCGGACCGCUCGGUUGUUCGACCCGCUGGGUUGGUUGGCACCUGUGAUAAUCAAAGCGAAACUAUUAAUUCAGGCAGCUCGGUUACAGCGACUUGACUGGGACGCCCCGCUGGCACCCCCUGACGCGGCGGCUUGGACAAACCUCGAGGAGGAGCUUCCCGUGCUGGAGCAAGUCCGCGUCCCUCGAUGGUUCGGGCUCGACAGCUCGGAGGACACCGUCGAACUUCACGGCUUCUCGGACGCCUCCGAGCGGGCCUAUGCUGCCGUCGUAUAUCUCCGGGUGACGAUUGCAGGAAAACCUUACCUGUCAAUUGUGGCGGCGAAGACCAAGGUUGCGCCGCUGAAACAGGUCACGCUCGCUCGGCUGGAGCUGAGUGCAGCGUGCCUGCUCACCAAGGUGGCCGAGCACGUGCGCGUGGUGCUGCGCCUGGAAUCCGCACCUUUCUUCUUCUGGACGGACUCCAUGGUCACCCUCGGAUGGAUCCGCGGCCAUCCCACCAGGUGGACGACCUUUGUGGCAAACCGAGUCGCUGAGAUUCAACGGGCGAGCCCGACCAUUCAAUGGCGCCACGUUCCGGGGGGGCCAGAAUCCUGCGGAUUGCGCCUCUCGCGGCCUGUCCCCGAGGGAGCUCUUGGAUCACCCCCUAUGGUGGAGCGGGCCCGACUUCCUCGCUAG